ACCACGAGUGAAAGAGAGAGUAGUCACACAACACUUUCAUUGUUGUGGCACCUGUGGCGGCUCCCAGCUGUUUUAUUGCUACCAUCAGCUGUGCUCUUAUCAUCUGUUAUCAUUAACACGUUUACAGAACGGUGAGGAGGCGAAUGAAUAGCUUAUGAUUUAAGAUACUAAUACAUAGAGGAUUCACCACAGCCACAACAUGGUCUCAAAAUACGGUUGGAAGAUUACUGGCUUCCUCUUGAUGGUGUUAGUGGCUGAUAUUGUGCUCCUCGGUAUAUACUUCAGCCUCUGGCAUUCACCCUCCACCCCCGAGCCCUACGACGUCCUCUCCCCCCUCCCGCCAUCGAAUACCCCCCUUGGAGUGUUCAGCAAGGCAGCCGUGGUCAGUCUGGGUGGGCCAUGUGCAGCUAUUGGAAGAGACAUGCUGUCGAGGGGAGGAAGUGCUGUGGACGCUGUCAUUGCCACCCUCCUGUGUGACGGAGUGUGUGUGAUGCAGUCCAUGGGUACAGGCGGUGGCUUCGUCAUGACCAUCUACGACAAACCCUCGGGGGAGACGUUCUCUCUGGUCGCCCGAGAAACUGCUCCUGCGGCCGCCACCCAGAACAUGUACGUCAACCACUCUGACUGGGCCCAACUAGGAGCAAUAUCCGCCGCUAUCCCAGGGGAGUUGAAGGGUUACCAGGAGGCUCACAAGAGGUUCGGUAAACUACCCUGGAGCGACCUGUUCCAACCAACCAUCAAGCUGUGCGAGGAAGGGGUUCCCGUCAACAAAAGACUUGCGGAACACUUCGCUGAAGAAGAGCCUCACAUUCAAGCAAGCCCAACAUUCAAGAGUAUCAUCCUGAAUUCUACCGGAGGUCGCAUACCAGUUGAAGGAGAUCACCUCAAGUUGCCCCUGUUGGCGAAGACGUUGAGAGUUAUAGCAGAAAGUCCCAACAUGGCUGAUGAGCUUUACAAUGGAAGUCUUACCCAGAUGUUUGUGCAAGAUAUACAAGUGGGAGGUGGCAUCAUCACUGAAGAAGACAUGAACAACUUCCAGGUCAGAUGGGAGGAGCCGUACACGGCAUCCCUGUCAGAUGGAAACACCGUGUAUUCUUCUGCUCUCCCAGGAUCUGGAAUUCUAGUGACCUUCAUCUUAAGAGUUCUGGAUGGCCUCCUUCAGUUCGCGUACUCUGACUUGCAAAGGUCUCAGAUGAUCAUCGAAACGUUCAAACACGCCUAUGGACGUCGAACCCACCUGGGAGACCCUCACUUCGUCAAUCAGACCCUCCUCAAUGAGACGAUAACUAUGCUGACGGACGAAGAUGCCAUUUUAGACACCAGGUCUAAGAUCAAGACAAACUGGACCAGCAACAACUACACCUACUAUGGAGGAGAUUACUAUGGUGAAGACCAUGGGACCAACAACAUCGUGGUCGUGGCUCCAGACGGUAGUGCCGUCAGUGUAACGAGCACUCUUAAUCUGCUGUUCGGCAGCAAGUUUGUAUCCACCAGCACGGGUAUUCUCGUGAAUGAUCAGAUGGACGACUUUUCUACACCAGGGAUCGUUAACUACUUCAACAUCCAACCUUCAGAGGCGAAUUUCAUCCAGCCCGGCAAACGCCCGCUGUCAUCGAUGGCUCCCACCAUAGUCGUCGAUAGUCAGGGAGAUGUGAGACUCGUCGUUGGGGGAGCUGGGGGGUCAAAAAUAACAACACAGACAUCUUUGGUUACUAUCAGGAAUCUCUUUCUUGGAAAAAAUAUCAAGGAAGCAAUCGACAUGCCAAGAUUUCAUCACCAAUUGGUUCCAAUGAAUAUAUCUUAUGAGUAUGGUGUUCUGCAGGAGAUCGUGGAUGGUUGGCACGCCAUUGGCCACACCACCAAACGAGUUGCCAAGUCAGAUUUCUUGGCCAUCGUCACUGGAAUUGCGAGACUUGGCGACAAUCUGACAGCCAACUGUGACUGGAGAAAACCGGGUGCACUAGACGGAUUUUAACUAUACAUUUUGAUUCUCCAUUGUAAAUAGACAUGUAUAUU